AUGGCGCAGGCGAGGAGCGCCCUCCUGGAGGUCAGGGGGCAGCAGGGUGCGGCUCUAAAGUGGGUCCAGUUGCUGCUCUUGCUGGCAGCAGCCCCAGGCUGGUCCCAGCUAUCAGAAGACCGCGCCGGACGCCAGUGGCCCGUGCCUUACAAGCGCUUUUCCUUCCGUCCAGAACCAGAUCCUUAUUGUCAAGCUAAAUAUACAUUCUGUCCAACUGGCUCUUCUAUCCCAACUUUGAAGGGUGACGAUGUCAUUGAAGUCUUUCGAUUACAAGCCCCAGUAUGGGAAUUUAAAUAUGGAGACCUCCUGAGUCACAUGAAAAUCAUGCAUGAUGCUGUUGGAUUCAGGAGUACCUUAACUGGCAAGAACUACACAAUGGAAUGGUAUGAACUUUUCCAACUUGGAAACUGCACAUUUCCCCAUCUCCGACCUGAAAUGAAUGCCCCUUUCUGGUGUAAUCAAGGGGCUGCAUGCUUUUUUGAAGGAAUUGAUGAUAUCCACUGGAAGGAAAAUGGGACAUUGGUUUUAGUAGCAACCAUAUCAGGAAACAUGUUUAACCAAAUGGCAAAGUGGGUAAAAGAGGACAAUGAGACAGGUAUUUAUUAUGAGACUUGGACUGUGCAAUCCAGCCCAGAAAAAGUGGCGGAGACAUGGUUUGAAUCCUAUGACUGUUCCAAAUUUGUGUUAAGGACAUACCAGAAGUUGGCUGAACUUGGAGCAGAGUUCAAGAAGAUAGAAACCAACUAUACAAGAAUAUUUCUUUACAGUGGAGAACCUAUGUACUUGGGAAAUGAAACAUCUGUUUUUGGGCCAGCAGGAAACAAGACACUUGCCUUAGCCAUAAAAAGAUUUUAUUACCCCUUCAAACCGUAUUUGUCAACUAAAGAAUUUCUAUUGAGUCUUUUGCAAAUUUUUGAUGCAGUGAUUAUACACAGAGAGUUCUAUUUGUUUUAUAAUUUUGAAUAUUGGUUUUUACCUAUGAAAUUCCCUUUUAUUAAAAUCACCUAUGAAGAAAUCCCUCUACCUAACAGAAACAGAACACUCUCUGGUUUAUAA